GACUGUUCAGCUGAGGGCAUGGAAACGGCACUGUUCCCUUUGGCUGCUCUGCUGUCGUGAGCUGCUGGCAGGCAGCCUCUCUGUGCGGUUGCUUAUCACGUCAUCAUUUAUUUCCUUCUCUCCGAGCUGUGGCUCUGGGCCCUGUCUAUCAGCUCCGCCUCCUGCUCUUAGGGCCUGGAUCCAGCCUCUCUGCUCACUGCAAAGCGGCUGCGAGCAGUGCCAGCUGGGCCUGAUGCAGUGUGCACCUGAGCGUGCCAGCGGGGAGCAAGGCUCGGAGCAGGAGCUGCGAGGCAGCCAUGGAGGCCGUGCUGGGAACCGCAGGGGGCACCCAGCUUCUGCCCUGGGUGACUGGAGCUGUCACCUUGCUCUUGACGGUUGUCAUCAUGUGCUCCCUGCCCUCCCUGCUGGACUACUGGUGGUGGUGGCGGGUGAUGAAGCCCAUCCCGGGUAUCAGCCCCUGCUAUCCCGUGCUGGGAAAUGCUCUGCAGUUGGAGCGGAAGGGAGAAGGCUUUUUUAAACAACUACAAAAUUUUGCUGAAGAUUUCAGGAAACAGCCGCUGUUCAAAAUUUGGUUAGGACCAUUGCCUAUCACUGUUUUGUAUCAUCCUGAUAGUGUGGAGGUUAUUCUAAGUAGUUCAAAGCAUAUUGAAAAAUCAUUCCUGUACAAAUUUCUGCAUCCAUGGUUGGGGACUGGACUUCUGACAAGCACUGGAGACAAGUGGCGGUCACGGAGGAAGAUGAUAACUCCCACAUUCCACUUUGCAAUCUUAAACGACUUUCUUGAGGUUAUGAAUGAGCAAGGGGGUAUUUUGUUGGAGAAACUUGAGAAGCAUGUUGACAAGGAACCAUUUGAUAUCUUUCUGGACGUCACUCUGUGUGCCCUUGAUAUCAUCUGUGAAACGGCAAUGGGAAGGAAUGUGGGUGCUCAGGAGAAUAAGGAUUCUGAGUAUGUUCGUGCUAUCUACAGGAUGAGUGAUCUAAUCCAACAGCGACAGAAGAGCCCUUGGCUUUGGCAUGAUCUUGUAUAUAUUCUGUUUAAGGAAGGAAGAGAGCAUGAGAGGAAUCUUAAGAUCCUUCACAAUUUUACAGAUACAGUCAUUGCAGAAAAAGCUGCAGAACUUGAAAACAACAAGCGAAUGAAACAUGAUACUGAUGUGAACAGUGAAGAAAGUGGUUCCAAAAAGAGAGAAGCUUUCCUGGACAUGCUGCUGAAUGCAACAGAUGAUGAAGGGAACAAAUUGAGCUACAAGGACAUUCGUGAAGAAGUAGAUACUUUCAUGUUUGAGGGCCAUGAUACAACAGCAGCUUCUAUGAACUGGGUACUGUACUUGCUUGGAUGUAAUCCUGAAGUCCAGAAGAAGGUUCACAGAGAACUGGAUGAGGUGUUUGGCAACACGGAGCGUCCUGUUACAGUGGAUGAUUUGAAGAAGCUUCGAUACCUUGAGUGUGUUGUGAAAGAAGCCCUGCGACUCUUCCCUUCAGUUCCCAUGUUUGCCCGUUCCUUGGCAGAGGAUUGCUGUAUUAGAGGAUAUAAGAUACCAAAAGGCACAAAUGUCCUUGUCAUAACUUAUAUGCUGCACAGAGAUCCCGAUAUCUUCCCUGAGCCAGAGGAAUUCAGACCUGAGCGCUUCUUCCCUGAAAACAGUAAGGGAAGACACCCAUAUGCUUACGUGCCCUUCUCAGCUGGUCCCAGGAACUGUAUUGGUCAGCGCUUUGCACAAAUGGAAGAGAAAACUCUUCUAGCCCUCAUCCUGCGGCGCUUUUGGGUGGAAUCCUGUCAAAAGCGAGAAGAGCUUGGUCUGGCAGGAGACCUAAUUCUUCGUCCAAAUAAUGGCAUCUGGGUUAAGCUGAAGAGGAGGCCAAACACCAUAGCAGAAUGAAAGGAAAUUCAACGUUUCAUUUUUCCCAAAGCUUUCAAGCUAAUUUGGCUGGGAGAUGUUUUAAAAUCAGAUGAUCUGGUAGCAGUCCAGCAAUUGUUGGAGUUAAAGUUUUUACUGGUUGUUUAAUCAAAGAAGAUGUUGCAACAUCCAUAAAUCGUUCUACUUUUCUAGUACAUGAGAGCUUCUUGUUCAUCUUUGAAGUGCAAGUCCUUCAACAUCAAAUCUUAGUGCCUUAUCUACUCACAUGAAGCUGUUCUAUUGCAACAGUGUAAAAACUCUGAAAUGAUGGUACUAACAACAGUAUUGUUUCUGAUGGAGAUAGAUGAUUUUAUUUCAUAGCAUUCAUGAAAUAACUGAUGGUCUCAAAGCUUUGUAUAUUUUUAAGGUUUAUUUGUCUUCAAAAGGUACAAGCGAACAUGUCUUCCAUUGGCACAACUUUUUUUCUGUUUUGGUGAUGACUACAUCUAUGAAGACAAAGCAAAAAUCUCUCAUAAUUUUUACUCCUCCUUUGUAAGCAUUUACAUUAGUUCUUAAGUGGCAAGUACUCUGAAAUAUUUUUUAGCAAAUUAUACAGUAUGUAUCAACCUGUAUAAAUUGCACCAUGAAUGACAUAGUGUGCAAUUUGCACACAGGAUUUCAUAAUGACAGAAACAAUGUAUUACAGGUUUGGAGAAUAAACUUCUACUGUGCCUCAGAAUGAAAUGAAAUUGUAUCUGUAAAAAUUAAAUGUCUGGUAAAUUACUGAUGAAUAAUUAUAUAAUGAUUUAUCAGUCCCCCGUGGGGUGAUGCAUCAUUGAGAUUUUACUGUGUUGGUCAAAGCUCAAACAAGGAGCCAGUCUGUUUGUGCCUUCUGGGGUCAUAAAAUCAACAUGGAGAAUUUCUUGCUAACCGAUGUUAAAGAGGAAUUACAGUAAUGGAAUGAAGUGCCUGUGGAAAUUUCUGACUGUUCUUUAAAGACUCUCAAACAGAAACAAAAAGCAGUCAAGCAGCUCUCAGAGGUGUUAAUGAUGACAGAAGAGCCUAGAACCUCUAUAGAGAGCAGAGCAGCAAGUAUAUUCAGUUAUGUAGCUGGAAAAUUUCUCAAGUGUUUUUGUUAACAACUUCUACAACAAUCUCAGUGAUUCUCAUAGAAAUUCUAUUUUUUUUUCUUUUUUUUUUUUUCCUUUUCUAUUUUAUCUACCAGAAUACGUUUGAGGAACUCAGAGAGAAUUGUCUACCCUGAAGGAAUCCAUUUGAUCCUUCUUUCCUUCAAGAUCAAAGGAAAUGUAUGAUUUGUUGACUCAUUCAAUGGUAUUACAGUUUCAUAACCAUCCUCAACUUGGAAUUCAUAGUUGUAUCCAGAGGUGUCCCUCAGAGAUUCAAGGAACUUAAAUUUCUUCCUUUCCUUCUUCCACAAGACAUUAUUGACAAAUAAUUUAUUGUAAUUGCUACCUUUCUUUUGCCAUAAAGAAAUAGUAAGUCAUGUAAGAAUAAUAACAUGGUUACAUUUUCAGCCUUCAUUUUCAAAGACAGGUUUCACUGCUAGAUAAUAACAAGAAUUUAAAUUUACCAGGCUGAUUAUAAGAACUGUUUUCUUUAUAUACACAUAAAACAAAUGAGACCUCAUGUUUUCUAAUGACACUCUAAGUUAAGGAAUUAUUUAACACUUUCGGAUACUUGGCAACAUGAGCUUUGCAGGUAUACAAGAUUUGCAUCAUUUGCUCAGGACAUUCAAUAUAUACCUGAAAAUGAGAGAGGUACUUCAUUUUUUGUCAAACCAUUUCCUUAACUGAGGACUUUCAAGAUGAAUAAAAAUAAUAUUAAUUC